AUGUCUUUCACUUCUGUUGUUGUGGAGGAACAAAACAACAAGCGCAAUCAAAGCGAUAGCUUUGACUCGCAAGAGAAAACAGAAAGCUUGUUCCAGCGCGAGCCUCAACCCAUUCCCCGGGUACCAUCUCAGCAGAACGUUUUGCUUCUUCCGGCCCCGAAACAAGACUACGUCUUCACUCCAGAUCAUAAAGUUCCCCAGGUCCAAUCGGAUUCGGAGCUCUUGGUCAAAGUUCAAACAAUCGGAUUAAAUCCAAUUGACUGGAAAGCACCUGAUUUUGGUUUUGGAAUCCCGUCUCUUCCAUACAUUGCAGGGCGUGAUGUAGUUGGCGUGAUUGUCAAGGCGCCAAAAGCGCAGUCACGGGUACGAGAAGGAGACAUUGUUAUUGCCAUAUCCACCGAUUAUCGUGAUGUCCGCAAAGCGGCCUUCCAAGAGUUCACAGUGUCAAACUACUUCAACGUUUGCCGCGUUCCAAGUAGUGCUUCCAGAGAUGCCAGUGCCUCAGUCGGUGUCGCGUUUAUCGCCGCAUCACUCUGUCUCUCAAUUUGCUUUGGGGUAGAUUUCUCUAAACUCCCAGGCCCAGGCCGCGGCCCAGACCUUCUGGGUUUGGUGAGGUCAUUGGAUCGAAACUCAUUGCCUCAAGAUGUAGUGGGAGAGUGUUUUGAUGCUAUCAAUGUCAAGGAAAUACCAGAGCCGGGUCAAUGGAUUGCGAUAUGGGGAGGUUCAUCAACGACGGCAAUCCUUCUCUCUCAGCUCGCGAAGUUCUAUGGCUUCCGCGUUAUCAAAGUAGUCGAUGUUGGCAAACAUGGAGAAAGGCUUUCACAACGUGGAGCAGAUCUUCUUGUCGAUUCUCAUGACCACGCCAGAGCUGUAGCUAUCAUCCGUUCCGUCACUGGAGGCAAGCUGCGGUGGGCUGUUGACACUAUCGGGCGGGAUACGGCCUCCAAACUUGCGGAGCCUUUGCAGAGUGAAGAGACAGAUGGCAAGCGGAGCCAUCUGGUGGGGCUUUCGGGUGUGCCCAAGACUCCUCAGCCGGGCGUCGUGUUCCAUUCUGUUCCGAUUAAGAUACAUCACGAAGUCCAAGCCGUAGGCGAGGCUCUGAUGACUUGGUUGGAGAAGCUUUUGGCAAGGGAUAUCAUUCAGCUGCCUGAUAUUGAGGUUGAUGAUGGAGGUUUGGAGGGCGUGAAUGAAGCUUUGCAUAGGAUGCGGCGUGGAGAGAUCUCGGGAAAAAGAUUGGUUGUGCGUGUGUCUUAA